AUACCAUUGUGCAAAACAUGGCGGACAUUGAGCAAAGUUCAGGCGAUGGUUCGGGUUAUUGUGCUAAACAAAUACAGUUUUAGUUAUUUUUCUGUAAACGACAAUAAUCAUUGACUUGUAUAUCUACUGGCUUAUUUCUUUUAGCUUGAUUCAGUCGAUGUUACUCUCGUCGUGGACAGAAACAUCACGUUCUAUCAACUUUCGGUGAACGCACUGGAACCUUCUCGACUAAAUCAAACUGACAGCACAUUAAAACUUUUCAGCUCUCAUAUGUACUCUUAUUGAAUAACUUCCGACGAACAUUUGAACGUCUAGCCCACGCCUUAGUUUCAUGACCUCGAGUCGAAGAGUUUGCUUUAUUAAAGCUGUAACAGGUGGAUAUUGACAAUCCACUGUUUCUUUGUAGAUUUUACUCUAACGUUUGCACCAAUGUCUCUAGAAACGGGUUAGUUUCAGAUUGACCUCGGAUUCACCCAACAACAUGCAGUUCUUGCAUUCUUUUUUGCUGAAUGAAUAGUUAUAUCUCGAAUAAUUGUUCCUGUUGUGACGUAUAAAUGACGUCACUCUCAACGUUGAGUCUGCUAGUCUUUCUGCAGUUGUGUGAGUUUUAGCUCUGCAACUAUGUGCAAGCUGCUCAGGUAUUGCUUGAGCCACUUCCUUUACGCUGCUAUGACCCGCCUAGACGAAGCCAACAAAGGAGUCAACAUGUGGUCAUCAAUUCGGUACCUCGGUUACCUGUCCAGCCUGAACUCCCUGGUGGCCAUUUGCCUGGGAAUUUACGUACAAUGGGAGAAAACCGCCGACACUGUCAUCUUGGUCAUUUUCAUUUUGGGCCUCUUUGUUCUUGGGAUUGCCUGCAUUCUCCACUAUUACUUCAGUAUGGUGAAGGUCAGCCUCUUUCUGCUGCAUCUGUGGUUUGGGUUCCUUCUGGGGUUGCUAUGCUUCAUCAACGUCCCGUCCAAAGAGAUGGAUGUUAAGGAGCAGGUGGCCAACUAUAUGUUAAUAGCAAGUAUUGUGAUACGAAUCCUAUGGGCUUUGGUUGGAAGAAUGUGCGGUUAUACCCAACAUCAACCUGCUUUCCUCACUUCAAGGGAGGCUUUGGAGCUCACAGGCUUCGCUGUGGCCAGCACAACCCUGGUCAGCCAAAAAUCCAUAAGCCUUGUUGUCCUGACACUGGCUUUGGCCGCUCUAAUCGUGGAUCUGCGCAUGAAGUCCUUCUUGGCGAUCCAAAACCUGGUCUGCUUCUCGUUUGUGGCUGCAUUCUUCUUCCAGGAGUCUUUAGGAGUGUCCUCCAACCCCUUCGCCUUGUCUUGGUUCUUCAGCCGCCUCGUCUGCGACCCAUUCCUGGACAUCUACUUCAGCGGACUUUCGGUCACUGAACGCUGGUCGCCGCUUCUACUGAGAGGAGGCCUGUGGAGACGCUUAACGCUUCUUCCUCUGGUGGUCAUGGAGGUGAUGUUUUUGGUCAUGGCCUCUCUGAAGAUGACAGAUCUGGAUCGGUGGUACCUGCUCAUCCCGGGUCUGUUAGGAGCUGCAGUUUUCUGGAUCAUCUGCCACCUGGUUUUUCUCGUGGUGCUGUGGGGUUUUCACAGCAAGCUGAGUGACUGUCAGAGGAUGUGUAUGGUGCACACGUCCGAGGCUGGAGCGCUGGACAGGAUCAUGGCGUCUAAGGGGAUGAGGCACUUCUGUCUCAUAUCGAAACGCCUGGUGAUCUUCAGCCUGAUGUCCACCAUCAUACUCGGGGCUCUGGGUUGGCAGCCGUCCAACAGUCUGUUUAUUGCCUUGUUUCUGCUGGUGCUGCCUCUCGAGUCACUAGCCCAUGGCCUCUUCUAUGAGCUGGGAAACCGCCUCGGAGGCACCUGUGUCGGCUACGCUGUGGUGAUUCCUACCAACUACUGCAGCCCAGAUGGUCAGCCCACCCUGCUGCCCCCGGCGCAUGUGCAGGAGCUCAAUUUGCGUUCCACAGGGAUGCUUAACAACGUGCAGCGCUUCUUCUCUCAUCACAUGAUCGAGACCUAUGGUUGUGAUUACUCCACGAGCGGGUUGAGUCUGGAAGCCCUGCAAGCCAAGCUGCGCAUAUUCAUGGAGGCGCACACAGCUGACGGCCCACGACACGACACCUACGUGCUGUAUUACAGCGGACACACCCACCUCAGCGGAGAGUGGGCUCUAGCAGGAGGAGACAUUUUACGUCUAGAUGAGAUUGUGCAGCUCUGGAGAGAAAAGAACAGCGGAUUCUGUUCCCGUCUCAUCAUUAUUCUCGAUACUGAUAACUCUCUCCCCUGGGUGACAGAGGUGCAGACGAUCGAGGGACUUUAUGUAGCGGUUCAAGGGGCAGUGCUUUCUAGUCCCACAGACCCGGAGGUCCAGGAUGCGCCUCAGCUCGGGGACUUCACCUGUCAAUGGGUUGAUUUUAACUGUAACCCUGACAGCGUCGUUCGGUGGUCUGAGCGUGGGCGGCCCGUCCGAGCAGCCUAUGGCAUCUCCAGACACUGGAGCGACUACAAGCUUCACCUGCCCACUGAAAGUGACGUGACCAGGCACUGGAGACUCUACUUCCCACGCCUGACUUACCCUGUGGUCCAGCUCGCCCACUGGUGUGGCGGGCUGGACCUCUUUUGGGUUUGUGGAUACUGCAUUCGGUUGCUCCGAAGGAUCAAACUUGCAUGGUUCCCACCUGCAGUGCUGGAUACAGGCCAAGGCUUCAAGCUGGUUAAAUCGUAGAACAGGACCUAGAGUUUGUCCUUACUGCCGCAGCGUGUCUAGGCUGUAUCUGGACAUGUUUAGGUGAUGCUCAUGUACGGCAGCUUUAAGUUGAAUUGACCAGCACAGCAAUUUAUAAAAUCUCAGGUGUUAAUUUGUGAAGGAAAAAAUUGCCAAAAAUGGGCCCACUUACAGGAAUGUCAUGUUGGUCUCUACACAAAUUCAUUUAUCAGCAAGGGAGAAUUCUGUAAAACAAUCAACAUCUCUGGGUCAUAGAUCACCUCUAAAUCAAAAGAUAUAAUAUUUUGCAUAAAGAAAUAAAACCUAUUUUCUUAUUAAAAAGAUUUUUUAAACGACAGUUAAGAAUAUUUUCUUGUGAUUUAUCGUAAUGAAAAAAAUUCAUUAUUGUAAUAUGGGUAAAAAAAAAUACAUUUCAUUACAAUCCUUUUUUUACAUUUUAAUAUUAUGUACAAUUAUUGUAUUACAGUAAAAAAUUUGAUGUAAUUACACAGUGAAAAAUGUCAACACCAUACUGCAAAAAGUUUUGUUAACUUAAAAUGUAAAAUUAAUUAUUAUAUUAUUAUUGUUAUAUUAUACAACAUAUACAGGAAAAUUACAGUAAAAUAUCCGUGAUUACAUAUUGAAAAAUGUCAUUACCAUAAUGCCAAAUAUUUUUUUUAUAUACAUAAAGUUAUUCAACAUAUGAAAAUUAUUGCAGUAAAAUUAUAAUCAUCUAAAAGAAUUCAAAUUUCUAUCCUUUAUUAUAUAAAAAAAAUAUUUUUAGAUUAAUGACCCUUAAUCUAAAAAUAAGCUUUAAUUUUUUUAAAAUGCAAAAUUACCAUUUCCUUUUGAUGUUAAUGUUCAGUUUGGCCUGGAGAUUUUUUUUAAGUGAUUGACAUACGUUACUGAUGGGCUUAACAGCAUUGCAUUCACUAACCAUUUCAGCUGUCACAGCUUUAACUUCUGUAUCUUUUAACUCCCACUGCCAUUUCAACAUUGCUUUAUAAACUCCAGAUUAUAACUGUAUCUGCACUAAACUGUUGAAUGCAGCAUUUGUACACAGAUCCAGCAGCGCAGCCAUAUUGCAGUGCCUCUUCUUAACUGCACUAAAAGCACAGCCUUAUAUUUGCUAUCUGUACAAGGGACGUAGUGUCCAUUUACCACAUUCAGAUCUGUCCAGUGGAGAAGUGUAUUUAGUUUUAUUUGUUUAUACAGAAAAUGUUCUACUGCCUUUAUAAAUGUAUCUGUAAUGUAUAAAACUAUUUGUAUACUUUGGUUGAUCAUUGGGCUAGUAUUGUGUGUUGCUAGCACUUAGAGCAGUUUGGGUUGAGUAUUUAUACUUGUGCUAACAUGUUCUGAAGUGCCUUGUGUACGCUUAGUCCUCCCUAAAAGAAAAGAGGAUUGAAUCCAAGUGAAAUAUGCAAUAUUUAUUGAUUGAAGACAUGUAUGAAGAGGUCUAAGGCCUUGUGUUUUUUUAAAGGAACAUGCAAAUGGCUUUACAAAUGAAUGAACGAGACACUGGGAUGAGUUCAAUGAUUGUUUGUGUUUGAAAUCAGACAUGAGAAUUUGAUUCAAAUAAAAGAAUGACUCGUUUACU